AUGGCACGAAUCAAGGUUCCUCCUAUUGCCACUCAGGAUUCUACGUCUACCCUUGAGAAAAGAGUUGGUUCUUCCGAGUCUCAAGAAACUUCAUCUAUCUCUUUUACGUCAAUUUCAUCAACGCCAACAUGCCCCAAUUGCAGUGCUACUUUCGCAGAGUCUACGGAAACAGACUUUCUUCAUCACGUGGCUGCAUGCAGUCGACCAUCAACUGCGGAAUCAGUGGGAACUGUUACUACUUCAGGUAGUUCUUUAUCACCACCUCCCACUUCACCAGGAACCGCCAUUUCUGCAUUAAAACAUUUGUCUAAUAGGGAUGUCCAUUUCAACUACAAUGCAGUUCAGGAGCCUGCUAUUGCCAAUGCCGACGAAGAAAAUUUAAACUCGAAUGCUCAUGAUCUGAUUCAACCAUAUAUUGACCCAAACUCCAAAUUUGACUAUUACGAUCAAAUUGAAGGGCAUGAAGAACUUGCCGUGGAUAUCAACGAUCCAGACAUUGGCCUUAAGUUCAAAUAUUCAAAACUCCCCCCGGUCUCACACUUCGAGAAAUUUCUCAAGAACCCCAGCGAAUUGUCAUAUGCCGAAACGUACAGAAGGACUGAGAUAGUUAGUAUGAAAGUUUUGGCUGUUUGGCAAAAAGAGUUUGAUGUAAUCGACGAAGAGAUUUACGCAUUUGAAUCUCAAGAGAAAGAAAGGGUUCAAAUGGAAAAAGAAACCGAGAAAGCUGCAGAAGAAGCAGACAGAGUUGCCGAGCAAUUGGAAAAAGAUGAUUUGGUAGCUAUGGCAAAAGAAUGGGCCAUUGAAUUAAAGUUCAAGGCGCCAGAAUGGUUGGCUUUGAUGAAUCAGUUUGAUGAAGAUGACGAAUACCGCCAGCGUCUCGAAAGCCUUCGAGACCCACAAUUCAGGGCGAAACUUCAGAAGCAAGCGUUUGUCAGACAACAAGAGAAGCAAAAGCUUCUACAAAAGGAGUGGAAAGAGUUGAACAAGCCAAAACUUCUCAGCGAACCGCUUCCUGAGAUCAAAUUGACAAAAGAGGAGAUAGAAGCCGAGAAGAGAAAGGCAGGACGUUUGAUGGAUUCUACCAAGUGGAAUGAUAUGAAGGAAGCAGAUGUAUAUGGAUUUGAAUAUUCUUCUCAUCCAAAACAUCUUGGGGCGCAACCGAUUCCGAUAGCCUCUAGAAAGCGUGGCUUUGGAGAAGUGGAUAUGAGUGAAGGUAGAAGUGGUCGAGCUCAACGAAUGGCGACUAGGAAAAUGUACGAUCAGAGUACACCAGAGGACGAAUCGGAUACUUUACCAGCAAAAAGACAACGAAAGAUGCGGGUACUUGAUGAUGAUCUUGGAGAGUUAUCAAAAGUUUCUCGAAAACAGAGCCGAAGUCAGACUCCUGUUCGAAGAACCUUUGCAUCCGGAAAACCCAUUGGAAGGCCGCCGAAAUCCCUUUCAAAGCUCAAAGAUGUUCAACUUGCUUCGGGUGAAGACGAACCAAUGCCGGAAGAUGAUGCUAUGAGAGGCGAAGACAUUUCUCGACACCUUCUGCCGGCCGAGCAGACACAAUUGCAGCAAUCGGCCGAAUCCCUUGUCAAUCAAAUCGCCGAAAAAUUGCCCGUUGAACCGGUUGUGAAGAAGAAGCAUGCAGGUGGUAGGCCACGGAAGCAUCCGCUCCCUGUUCCUGCUCCUGUGACCGCUGUUGACAUUAUCACCUCUGCAGAAGAAGUUACCACCGCACCAUCCGAGACGCCCGCAGCAAUCGUACCCCCUAUAAAGCCUAAGAUUAGAGUUAUCAAACCAAAGAAGCAACUAGCCAAGUCAGCCAAGUCAGCCAAAUCCGGUAGUCGCGUCAGGAAGGAAGCUAAUAUCGAACCAAGUGCCGAGACUGAAGAAGAGAAUGCAAUCCUGCCAACUACCGAACACGAUGAGGAUUCGCACUCACAGAGAACUGAACCUGUCAAUUCAAGGCCCAGUAGCUCGUCGUCGCAGGCAACUAUCUCUUCUUAUGGUAAUCGUCACAACAAUCGUUCCUCUACCCGUGAGCAAGCCCUAAUACGUGAAACUCGAACAGCCGCUCGAAACCGUGCUGCUGCAUCUGUUGAAAAAAUCGUCUCAACUCAGGACUCUCCCAGGAAGGCUGCAAGAGGAACGCGUAAGAGUGGAUCGAGCGAAACUGCUGUUACCGCUUCUCAAUUACCAAAAGUACGGAAGCCACGUGGAAAACAGGCAGCAAGCGCGGAGAACGUAGAAGUGGAACCGUCACACGAACCAGUCAUCAAAAAGGAAGCCACCCCUGUCGCUCAUCCAAUCAUCUCACCCCCUUCAUCCCGAAUUAAACGCAAGCGGAUAUCAUCUGAAGCCGUUACCGAAACACUAAAUGCCUCCCCUACCAAAAAGGCUCGCAAAAGUCGUCCUAGCAAAUCAUUGUCAACACCUACAGAUGGACCUGCUUUCAUAUCCACUGCAUCGCCUAAGACCAAGCCAAAUAAGAAAGCCAAAGGACCUCUUGCAAGAAUCCUUCCACCUCGUGAACUCAGCACUCGUGCCCGUCGGGCUCCAAAAGCGGUUCGAAAUGCCGAUGGUGCUGCUAAUGAAAAUGAUGAGGAUGAGGGCGAAGAUGAUUUGAACCUCCCAGCAACGGAAUACGAAAGAUAUCUGGCUUUGGCUGAUCCAAAAAGCUCCGUUACAUUGGGUAAAAGGGUUAGAAAAAGUGUUAUUGAUCUAAGAACAGCGAUGGAAGGUGGUGAUGAUGAGGAUGGGGAUGACGAGUUUGAAGGAUGA